AAUUUCUUCUUCUCAUCCCUUUUGCUAUGACGGAAAACACGAAUUAAUGUGGAUUUCUACUGAUUUAUAACAUAAAAAGGCAUCGGAAGUUGAACAAUUAGAGCUCGAGUGACUCGCAGGCAGAAAGCAAGGCGGAAGACAUGCAGCAGCAGUGGUUACUGGCCGGCCUUUCGGUGGCGCUCCUAUUGGGCACCUGCUCGGCGCUGUACGAAGACCAGAUCAAGAAGUUCGACUGGCGGGCCGUGAAUGUGGGUGCACUGAAGCAGUCGCGCGUGGACCUGAACCACUUCCAGCCGCGUAUUCUCGUCAGCACUGCCGAGGGGGUGGUGGCCAGCUUGUGCGUGAAGACCGGCGAGCUGGUGUGGCGGCAGGUGCUCGAGCAGAAGCCGCGCGGCGACAUCAAGCUGCUCCAGGUGAGCGGAUUCUCCGACGACAGCAGCGACACGGCCGCCGCUCCCAUGGGCAGCAACCUGGGCUUCGACAUGCUCACCGUUCAGGGCCAUGCGCCCGCCUUGGUGCGCGGCUGGAACACCAAUAUCGGCGCCCUCGAGUGGGAGUGGUCCAUCAUGCCGCUGAACACGGAGCGGGCCCAGGAGGCGCUGUGGUUCUACAGCAAGUCCGUGCUCUACCACGUCCUGCCCGCCUGGCGGAGCCACCUCGAGGUCACCGCCUACUUCGCCAGCUCGGGUCACAGCACUGGCAGCACCAGCAAGGUGAUGGCCUCGUGGAUCACUCCGGAGAGCUGCACCCUCAGCGGUACCUUCUACGUCUGUACGGAUGGCAAGCAGCUGAUCAGCCUGGAUCUGGUUUCCAAGAGUGGUCAGGUGAUCCGCACCUCGCUCGAGGCGGAGUCCAAGGGAAAACUUCAGGCCUUGGCGGGUCUCAAUGGCGUCGUUAUUGUGGAUGGCAAACUGGUCAGUGUCAACAAGGAACAAUCCGUGUGCAGUGGUCUUCAAGGCUCCAGCUUCGCCGUGGGUAGCUUCAACUACCGCAAGAUCUUGGCUUAUGCUGAUCUCGCUUCUGGAAUUCUCAAGAUUAAUGCCGUGUAUGUAGAUAACUGCUCACCAGCAGCUGAGUUGGAGCAGAGUCUGCCCUUCCCCGAGCACUUUGGCACUCCAUCGCUGAACAACUUCGACUGUAAGCAGAAGCGGAAUGGCGAUGGAAAGAGCUGCCUCUUCCUGUUCAGCACCAGUUCCGAGUCCAUUGUGGCCGUGCAGCAGGGACGCAUUCGUUGGUCGCGCGAGGAGGCGCUGGCCAAUGUAAUCGACUCGCAGUUUGUUGAUCUCCCUCUGGCCGAUACUGAAGGCACUCUGGAGAGCGAGAUGAAGGGCAAGGCCGGAGACAUUGCCAGUGCCUUUUUGCGCCGCAUCACCACGCAAGCUGUUCAGAUUAGGAGCUUGUUCCUUCAUGUCAUCGGCCUGGGUCCACCGCCCACGGACACCCAGCGAGCUGGCCUGGUCCGCGAUUCUUUUGGACUCCACAAGAUGCUGGUUAUACUGACCCGCGCUGGCAAGAUCUUCGGCAUUGACAACAUCUCGGGAAAGCAUCACUGGCAGUUGUAUCUUCCCUAUGUCAAUGGUUUUGCCAAUGACGAACAGAUGCGUCUGAUUGUUCAGCGCUCGGCGAAACACUUUCCGCUUCAGCCUCUGUGCACUAUUUUGGGCAAGGAUGCCGUCAAUGGCAACGGUGUGCUCUAUCGCUUUAAUCCCAUCACUGGAAAAGCUGCAGAGGGCGGUCUCAUUCAGCUGGACUACAAAAUCAAGCAGCUCUCGUUGCUUGGAGAAACGGAAAAGGACUUUGUAAAGGGCAUUCUGUUAUUGGAUGCUUCGAACAAGGUCCAUGUGUAUCCUCAACAUGCUACUCCAUUGGCUGAUGGCAUGUAUCUCUACACAGCCGAUGUGAAAACUGCAGAGCUGUCGGGCUUCUUUGUUAAAUAUGCGGGCGGUCAACUUUCGAGCACGCACAUUUGGAACGCCCGCCUGGGCGGACACAACUCCGAGCAGCAGAUUAUUGGCGUUGCCGGCAAGAAUCCCAUCGAGCAUGUCCAUUCACAGGGCCGCGUGUUGGGCGAUCGAUCGGUGCUGUACAAGUACAUCAACCCCAAUUUAGUGGCUUUUGUUACACAGGCGCCGGAUGCCACACACAAAUCCGUGCUCAAUUUGUAUCUGGUUGAUGUGGUCUCCGGCUCGGUGGUUUUCACUAUGACACAUCGUAAGGUGCGUGCUCCUCUGAGCAUUGUCCACUCAGAAAACUGGCUUGCCUACUCCUACUUCAAUGAGAAAGUGCGACGCACGGAGAUUACCACCAUUGAACUGUACGAGGGUAAGUCUCAGGCGAACAGCAGUGUUUGGAGUUCCCUGCAGGCUCCACCAAUGCCUCUUGUGGAGCGUCAGUCCUACAUACUCCCCACUAUUGUUGAGGCUCUGAGGGAGACAAUCACAGAGCGCGGUAUUACCAAUAAGCAUGUGCUGAUCGGCACUGCCAGUGGUUCCAUUGUUGAAAUGCCAUGGCAUUUGCUGGAUCCCCGUCGUCCUAUCGCAUCUACGACCCAGGGACGCGAGGAGGGAGCCAUUCCCUACAUACCCGAGUUGCCUUUGCCAACGGAAAGCCAUAUUAAUUACAACCAGACGGUCGCCCGUCUGCGUAAUAUUUAUACCGCGCCCAGUGGUCUGGAGAGUACCUGUCUAGUCGUUGCUACAGGUUUAGAUUUGUUCGUUACGCGCGUGGCGCCAUCAAAGACGUUCGAUUUGUUGAAGGAGGACUUUGACUAUAUUCUCAUUUCCAUAGUGCUAGUCGCGCUCACAUCGGGCUCGUUGAUUGUUAAGCAUUUAGCGUCUCGUAAAUUGCUCAAGCAGGCGUGGAAAUAGGCUUGGCAAUAUUAUUAAAUAAUUGCUUUAUAUACAUAUAAAAUUUUACUGCGACCAAAUACAACAAGGGAGGAUGAAAUGAUGGAAAAGAAGCAAACUGGCGAUGAGAAUAUUGAUAUACAUAACAUAAUUCUGGUAGCUGCAUUACAUCCCAUAAUGCGAUUAAAACUUCUUCUCAACGCUAAGCCUAGGCAAUUAUUUAUAAAUAAUUAUAUAGCGUUAAACAUCAAAUAAUUAUAAUUAGCUGUUGAAAGGUUUUCAUUGCAUUUUUCUGUUCCUUACAUUUGUGUUCGUUUAAAUUUCCAUCUAUGAAAAAUAUCAGCAUUGAAAGUGUGUUUAAAAAAAUGUAGUUAAUAAAAGCAUUUGUAAAGGAGGACAAUGGUAAAGUAAAUAAACAAUUUUUUCAUCAGA